AGAUACAAGAUAUAAUUUAAGAAUCCGAAGAACAUUAACUUAAGUCGGCCGUAUAUGUAAUGAUAAUAAAACAAAAACUUUAGCUCAAUGAGCAGUAUUUUCCGACAUAAGUAAUAGACUGACAUACAAAACAUAAUAAUCACAGGUAUACAACAAUGAAUUUGGUGACCUGGACAUAUACGCAUGUACUUUUUAAUAGGUUACACAUGGGAAAAUAUUUACACAAGUCGUUUGUUUUGCAUACAGACAAUUACAAAAUAAGAAAGAUGGAUUAGAGCACGUAUAAUACUAUAUUUAUACUGUACUGGAACGACGUUGUACAUAUUCAAUGAUAACGUACAGUUUUCCCGGCUGAUACUAGUACGACCAUUACUGGCUGAUACUAGUUCUACCAGAAGACACACAUGAAUUGACGUAAUGUAAUGAUACAAAUUAUCUUCAUUAUCGACAACAUUUUUUUUCUUCUUUUUUUCUUGUAAACGUUGUAAGCGUGCAUAUUUGUUUCUUGUCGGGGGUCAUCGAUCAUUAUAAGUGAAGGGGGACAACCACGUCCAUGUUAUAUAACAUUCAGCGAAGGGAAACAACUCGAAUUAUAUGGAUUAGGUGUUCUCGAAAUCUGUCAAGAUGAUGUACGAAACCAUGGAAGACAGCCUGAAUAGGUCGGAUAAAGUCUUCUUCAACCGGAAGACCAACGCCAGACGUCGAAUCAUCAUACUCCUCGCGUGCAGCGUAGCAACCUUCAUCAUCGGCAUUUUGAUUGGUCGCUACGCCGCGUGCCCGGACCCUCCGCUACCGGAAGAGCGUGCUGGGCCGUACCUGCCAAACGUCCCUGCGACUCUGAUGAGGGAUGAAGACGUCUCGGUCAUUAAGGAGCUUAUGGAUGCACUCAAGGUGGACAACAUCAAGGAAAAUCUCAGAAUGUUAGCAAACCUUCCACAUCUUGCGGGGCAGAAAGAAAACGAAGAUUUGGGCCGGAAGUUGAAGACCAUGUGGGAAGAGGCGGGGCUAGACCACGUGACCCUGACCCCGUACCACGUGCUUCUCUCUUACCCGGAUAUGAACGACCUGAACUAUGUGGAGCUACGGAACGCAACAAACAGCACUGUGUAUAAAUCCCCCCUGAGAGAACCAGUACUGACACCGGAAGAGAACAAAACUGGCGUCGUGCCGCCAUUCAACGCUUACUCCGCUCCCGGGGAUAUAUGGGGCAAGAUGGUGUACGUGAAUUAUGCGCGUCUGGAGGACUUUGAGUACCUGGAGAAGAACACGAACAUCAGUGUGGAGGGGAAGAUUGUUUUUGCAAGAUACGGCAAGAUCUACCGCGGGGAUAAGGUACAUAUGGCGGAACAACGGAAGGCCGCGGGGGUUAUCCUUUUUUCGGACCCCGCCGACGUAACUAAUGGGGACAUAACGGACGUGUACCCCGACGACUGGUGGAUGCCACCAUCGGGCACACAGCGGGGUACCCUCUACAUAGGGGACGGAGACCCGCUCUCGCCCGACUACCCCGCACUCAGCACGGCGUACAGGAAGAAGAUGGAUCCCGGGUCCUACAUCCCGGCCAUUCCAUGUCAUCCGAUUAGCUAUUCCAUCGCAAAGGAACUCAUGAGUGAGAUGGGCGGGGAUGAGGUACCACCGGACUGGAAGGGCGGGAUGAACGUCAGUUACAGUUUCGGCGAUGGCUACAAAAAGGAAAAUUGGAGCGCCCACAUUCACGUGACCACGAAAAACAAGAACGCGACGACCUACAACACCGUCGGCAUCAUCCGCGGAGAAUUUGAGCCAGAUCGUUACGUGAUUCUGGGUAACCAUAGAGAUGCCUGGGUGUUCGGGGCGCUUGAUCCCUCCAGCGGGACAGCCAUUAUGAUGGAGAUCGUCCGGGUACUUGGAGCGCUUGUCAAAUCGGGUCGGUGGCGGCCCCGUCGCUCCAUUAUGUUUUGUAGCUGGGGAGCGGAGGAGUAUGGUCUAAUAGGUUCUACAGAGUGGGUAGAGCAUUACACCAAGACGCUUGGAGCUCGCGCCGUGGCGUACCUGAAUGUUGAUAUUGCAGUAGAAGGAAACUCCACCUUCUGGGCGCACGGUACGCCCAUGCUCACCGAGGCGGUGCUACGGGCGACAAAGAAAGUACCUAACCCUAACAGUACAGAGAUAGCGGCUGGACGGAAGACCGUCUAUGACACAUGGUUCCACGCAACACCCGCUAACGGCACAAACAUUCCAGAAAUUGAGUUGCCGGGUUCCGGAAGUGAUCAUUCUCCUUUCCGGGACCGUCUUGGAGUGCCGAUCAUUGACUUCGGGUUUAAGAGACUCGGGUUUUCCACCUAUCCUAUGUACCACUCCAUGUAUGAGACCUUCUAUCUAGUUGACAAGAUCAUGGACAGGGGAUUCCAGUACCAUCUUGCAUGUGGACGGGUGUGGCUGGAAAUGGCGCGCCACCUAGCGGAUACCCUUGUCAUACCCUUCAAUGUGACCCGGUACUCCGACAAACUCGAGGAACUUACUAAAACCUUUGUGGAUACAUAUAAAACACAACUAGAGGAAAAGGAUAUUCAAACAAGCCUACUGGAGACCGCAGUCAGCAACUUUACGGCGGCGACAAAUGAAUUCCAGUCCAAACUGCCAAAUGCAAACCUUGAAAACCCAUUUGUUGUACGGCAAAUUAACGACCAACUAAUGCAGCUGGAUAGAGCAUUCUUAGACCCAGCUGGGUUGCCUGGUAGGCACUUAAAAAGACACAUCUUAUUUGCCGAGAGUAUUAUAGAUAACUAUUCCGGAAGUAGUUUCCCCGGCCUGUCGGACGCGCUCACGCAGAUCUCCCAGGGCGUGAACGUCACGGAGCAGUGGGACAUCGUUAGUCAACAUUACUCCGUUAUUCUGUUUACCAUCCAGUCUGCUACGUCAACGCUUCGUGACGUCACUGAUUUCAUGGUCGAAUACUAUUGAGUAAAAAGUGUAUUUGCUACAGUAGAGGAGACAUUCAUUUCACAGAAGGCAUAAAAAAUCUUUUCACUAACCCGACUUGCACUAUUUUUUCCUCCCGACACUUUUUUUGCCGUUGUGUGGAUUUUCUUUCUUAAAUUUUAAAAAAAUGUGCACUUUUAUUAACAAACAUGUAAAAUUUAGACAUUGUAUGUUUAAACAAUUUCUACAAUAGGGAUAUACCUUGAUAUAGGUCUGUUUGGUACCGAAUUCCUGUUCUCAAAGAAACGAAAAAAAUAGAAGGAAGAAAAAAGUUAAGUUUUACACCUAUCCGCCCAAUUUCUUUUGGAGAUGUUAAUGGAAACAAAGAAAGUUUUGGCCUUUAGACCUAGUUUAACCCUUCUUAAAGUACAAAGUACAACCCCUCCUCCACCAAAGCUGGUGAAUAAUACAGGGUUGAUAAUUGUUCGUAAUCGUUAUUGCCCUCUGGUGUUUGUUAUUAUUGACUAGAUCUCAGAUCAAUUAAUAUUGAUCAGUUAAUGCAUUACUGAUGCAGCCUCCUUUUAAUAUACAUGUACCCCAUAAUGGCAUUAAGCUAAUAAACAAAACACAGCAAAUACCGCACAUCGCCGUUGCAUCUCCGAUUCAAUAACGAUUUUAAGAUCGAAAUAUUCCAGGCGGAACCUUCUUGUUUGGUGUAUAUUAAAACGAGAGCUAGUGUAUUCAACACCGAUCUUAAUUGGAUCGAAGAACGAUGUAGCUAAUCGGAUUGCUCGAUAUGAAUAACGGAGCUAUACAGUGGAUGUAGUCAAUGAUGUAUGACCAUAAGAUUGACUGAAGUUGCAUAUUGAACACCACGCCCGGGGCAUAAAUCGGGAGGGGGUGGGGCUGGUCUGCUGGGGAUUAACAAGCCAAACAUUCCUUAAACUGUAUCUUUAAGCAGAAAUAGCUCAUUGUCACAUUACACAAAAUACGAACGGACACAUGCAUAAUUAAAUUGUGACUGCAUUAUAAAGUUGAAGUCACUGAAAAGUGACCCGCAGCCAAUUGGAAAAAACUUGAUAAGAUAUACACAGUUUUUUUCACCUAGUUUGCUCAUAAAAGCAAUUUGAUUGGUCGACAAUAAUAAUUGAUCAUUAUUGACCAAUCAACGUUUCAUUGCGCUCAACGCUAUUACACUAUUGAAAAGAGGUAGUAUUGUAAGUGUUUGGAACACUCUGUAAAUGAUUUUUUUUCCAACAGUGCCUCUGUACAUGUUUGUUUUGUCUAUGAUUUUGAUAGUACAAGAAUUGUUCAAAUAUGUGAAAUAAGAUUUAUAUAUUAUUUUUCAAGUGUGUAGGGUGCCUUUGUUUGUGUGAAUUGUGUAUUGUUCAAGGUUUAUAUACUAUUGUUCAUGUGUGCAGGGUGCCUAUGUAUGUGUGUAUUGUGUUAUAUGUUGAUAUUAUUGUGUGAUAUUAUUCUAUUAUUCAUGUGUGUGUUUUUUAUAAAUGUUAAAUAAUGUUAUAUCCAAUAUUUUGUUGUAGUAAUAUUGUGUGUAUUCAGAAUUGACUUAUACAGCAAUUUAUAUAACCAUGUUGGCUGUAACAUUAAUAAUUAUUAACAUGUAUGUAUCAUAGAGUAUUUUUCUUGUAUAAUUAAAGUAUUGAUAAACCUCCGGUUGUUUUCAUAGGUGGCUAUCAAUGAUAAAUUAAAAAAUGUGUAUAUAAUUGUAUAGAAAAUGACCAUCUCUGGCUGCGUAUUCAUAAAUUUUAUUUAAGAUGCACUCUUAUGCCCAAAUAAGCAGUAUCACAAUUAAUUGAAUUGUUUUAAUUUACCGAAAAAGAUGAAUAAAUAUCGAAAACAAUGGUUCUUAUGAAGGAUACCGUGUUUAAUUUGAACUUUGAAACAAAGGUGCAGAAAACACGGUAUCUCUACCUAAUGAGGCGAUAGUUGAUCAGUGUAAAUCUUUUAGGACUAACCAGUCAUUAAAUAUUUGUCCGUUACGGUUUUCAGCCACGUUAAAUACACGGUUAUGGCCAUGCAAACUAUUUGAAGCCCUCAGUAGACUCGUUGUUUCUCUUUGUUCUCUUUUAUAUAUUUAAUAGGGUUACUAAAUAUGUUCCAUCAGUAAUGCAUACGAAUAGCGUAAUUUCAACGUAAUCACUUCAUGAAUCCACGAUAAACAUAUUCUCAAUUUAAGGUAUCCUAUCCACAUAUAUGUGAAUUUGUGAUCCCAUAUUAUAUUGAUUUUAUUCAUUUGAAACGGAUUUGUUUAAAAAAACAACAACCUUAAAACAUUAACGAAAAUGUUAUAUCUAAAACGCACUUUUGUCAUCAAAAGAUUGCAAAAGAGGUGAAUUUAUGUCCGAGUUCUGUUGCCUUUUUCAUAAAUACAUAAAUAAAACUCCGAGUUCUGUUGAAAUAAAGAGUUUACUUUACAUACUAUAAUAGAUAUCAACAAACUAAUUCCUUUUCAAAUGAUAAAAACAACAUGGGGGUUAUCAGGGGACAAAGUUUAGCAUAAUGGUUAAUGGUGCUGUCAAAGAAUUAGCUUAAAGAUGCACUCUUACUCCCAAAUAAAAUUUACCACAUAAUUAAUACAAUUGUUUAAAUAUACCAAAAAGAAUAAUUAAAUGUCAAUAACUAUGGUUCUUAUGAAGGAUACUGAGUUUAAUUUGAAAGAAAGGUGCAGAAAACACGAUAUUUUUACCCUAGGCGACGAUAGUAAAUCACUGUAAAUCUUUUAGCAUUCACCAAUCAUUUAAUAUUUUUGCAUUUUCAGCAUAUCCAUUAUUUAGUAAGUAUUUAAAGGUUUAUCAGUCAAAAUUUAGGUUUGUUAUACAUGUGUAUGUAUUGAUAUUGAAUAAGAGUGUCACUGUAAUAGUAAUAAAUAAGAUGAUAUUUCUGUACAAGUAAGGUUUGAACUGUAUGCUACAGCACUAUUAUCUGGUUCCUGGUACAUGGUUGCAUUUAUUUAAAUUUUCUAAGAUGAAUUUAUAAGGUAAGCCAUCCAUCAUUAGGAAUGCAAAGAUGUGUUAGUGUAUUUUAUAAAUUAACAUCGUAAUAAUUCUAUGUUUGAUUUAUAUUGAUAAGGUAUUAUAUUAUUUGUUCAUGGUUUACAUUUUUGAAUUACACCAUAAUGACGCUACUAUUAUGAUAUGAUAUGAUAUGAUAUGAUAUGAUAUAUGAAAGGGAGGUAAUAAAAAUUCACUAUGAUUAUUCAGCUAAUUUAUUUAUUUGUUUCUUAAAUAACAUAUACUGUCUUUAUAAUAAAAGCGCUCGCUAAAAGCUUUAAGAAUAUUAAAACCUAACAUUGUGUUACUAUACAGCGGAACUUAACCAGUAGCAUUUUUGUAUUAAUGAUUGAUGGAUUACCUCACACAGUUGCUUGUAGAACUAGUAGUUAUUCGGCAUACCAUGGGGUUGCUAAUUUCAAAGGUCAAGGUAAAAAAGUUAUGUUAUUAAGAAAGAAAUCCGUGAACUCAAUUCGACGGGCAUUAUUAUGGCACUGGCAGGUUAUGACGAGCAUUUUAAAUGACAGAUAAGUUUGUACUCAGGCAAUAGAACAUUAACAGUUUUUUUUAUGUUAUUCUUUUAUUAUGUUGUGCCGGCAAUAGGGAUCGAGCCGGGGUCCAUUCGGUUUGCAGGCGGGAUCCUUGCCACUAGAGCAUGAGAACAGAGUCUGUGUAAGGUUUUAUGAACCAUUUAAAGCUGCAUUCUCACAGAUUGAACAUUUUGACAUUUUUUUGUCUUGGAACGAGCCAAUUUUUGCAAAAAUCCAUGGAAACCAGUUAUAUAAGACUGCUGACAAAAAUAAGAUCGCAGAUUUUUAUGUUUAAGUCCAAACAAUAAAGUUCUAUGCAUUUUUCU